AUGGAUGCCCUCUACUAUAGUAACCUUUUAUUCUACACGUCUAACCAAUAUCACUAUAAUCAACCAAAUAAUUUGAGAUAUUUCAUCAAAGGCUAACUGAUUUAAGACCUCUAUUUUUAAAUAUAAUCAGCCUAUCAAUUAUAUCCAGGGUUAUUAUGUGAAGAGGAUAAGUUUUACAAUGGAUAUUAAUGCAAGACUUACAAGUAUCUCAGAUUUAGAGAUGAUUUGCUACAUGACUUUGAUCUCCCAAUGACUGACUCUUUAAAAAUUAAAGUGUAUCAGGUUAGCACUGGCAAUAAUUAUGACAUAUCAACUGAUAUUAAGCGAAACAGUAUGAUAGAAGAUGGGCUAAGAAUCUGGAGAAAACUUGUUUUAAAAUUUCAAUAUACAAAUCAAAAGUACUUAUUAUAGUAUUGA